GUUGCAAGGUAAAGAGAUUACCUUCAUCACAUACAGUCAAAUAUGUUUUACAGGAUGUAUGAGACUCAAUGCUGUCUACGAUUUAAUGUUCGACAAGCCGCAGCAAUGAUGCCUCAUUUGGGUCAGCGCGGCUCGAUUUAUUUUCUUCUGGAAUUUGAAGUGUCCACUUAUUAAAUUCAACAAUCAUCUCGUCUUAUGAAUUUCUAUCGGUGGUAUGAAGUAUUUAACCUUUUAUUUUAGAUGGUAAUUUAGUCACUCAACGAUCGGCUGCAUCAUUGUCGCUUCCUCCUCACUGCGCUGUUCGCGGGUUACCUUCUUUUCCUCGAUUCGAAUUUUCUCCGCUCAUGCCGCUGUGAUUUUUAAAGUCGACUUAUGUCUUUUUAUGGCCAUUACAACGUCAGACAGAGAAUCUUCCAACGAACUUCUUAAUUCGCUGUGGCGAUACCACAACAUAGGUUCGGUCGUUUGUCCUCCGCUGGGUGUAUUGAAGCUCCAACGCCAGUAUACGAAACCACUGUUAGGACGUCUCCAAUCAACAAAGUGACUCGUCACAUCUUAGCCCCAUUAAAAGCAAUUCUGGGUACUUCUGGGGUUUCUUAUAAAUUGUUUACAUCAACAUGAGCCUGGAUCGCCAGGAACCGGUUCGUCACGGUGAAACAAAGACGUCGAGGGACAGUACCUUACCCACAUUAGCCCAGAUGCCGCCAUCUUCUAGUACGAUCCAGGAAGCAUCUUCAGGAAACAGCAAACUCAGCGGAAUUAAGGGCAGAAUUGCGGAACCUGUGGUGGCAGCUUUCAUUGCUGGGGGCGUCGCAGGUGCAGUAUCUAGGACUAUUGUGUCGCCACUUGAACGACUAAAAAUCUUGCUUCAAAUACAGAGUGUUGGCAGGGAAGAGUACAGAUUAUCUAUAUGGAAGGCUCUUGUGAAGAUCGGCAAAGAGGAAGGAUGGAGAGGGUUCAUGCGGGGCAAUGGGACCAAUUGCAUCCGCAUAGUUCCUUACUCCGCCGUUCAGUUUGGCAGUUACAAUUUUUACAAAAAGUUCGCAGAACCAAGUCCAAAUUCCGAGUUGUCACCAGUACGUCGUCUCCUUUGCGGAGCGGCUGCUGGAAUUACCUCUGUCAGUAUCACGUAUCCACUUGACAUCGUUCGGACACGACUUUCUAUUCAGUCAGCGUCAUUCGCAGCCCUCGGUCAGCGAGAUACUAGCGGAAGGCUACCAGGCAUGUUUGGCACUAUGGUCUCAAUAUAUAGGACCGAGGGUGGUAUUCUUGCCCUCUACCGCGGGAUCAUCCCGACUGUUGCUGGCGUAGCCCCAUACGUUGGUCUGAAUUUUAUGACAUACGAAUCGGUUCGCAAGUACUUGACGCCCGAUGGUGACAAGACCCCCAGUUCCCUGCGCAAACUACUAGCGGGUGCUGUAUCAGGAGCAGUGGCUCAAACAUGUACAUAUCCAUUUGACGUCCUGCGGCGGCGUUUUCAGAUCAAUACAAUGUCUGGAAUGGGCUAUCAAUACACAUCCAUCGGCGACGCCGUCAGAGUAAUUGUGGCGGAAGAGGGAAUACGUGGCCUUUUUAAAGGGAUCGUUCCCAAUCUUCUGAAAGUGGCGCCAAGCAUGGCCAGUAGUUGGCUUAGCUUCGAGCUAACAAGAGAUUUCCUUGUUCAACUGAAUGACAAGUGAUUAUCUUGAAUUCGAAAGGGAUACCCGCUAAUCCCUAGGUUGCACCUAGCAGAACCUUCCUUCGGAGGUUUCAAGGUUUGGAAAGUUGCCGCCAGUGCAUUGAUGCGUUCAAUGCUAGAUAUUCUACACAUGAGAACCAUAUGGUGACAUGGCUGUUCUUGGGUAGAUUAUACAAGAUGCAUGGAAUCCUGCGAUCUUAGAGUAAUAUAAAAGGCGCUAUAUGGCUACAAGUGUAUUUAUCAUGUCGAUGUGUAAAAAAGGCAUGAAGAUAUGAUUCAAGCAAGAGUGAGAGUGGAAUGAGAAGAACAAAAAAUGCUCUAGAGCAC